AUGUGGCCGAAUGGAAAGGUGGGAGAGGCCGACAGAUUCAGGCUUGACAGUGUCAAACAUUUUGUGACCCGGCAUUUGUCCAGCAACCAACAUGUCCAAGCUUUGAAGAAAGAGGAAGUGAUGGCAGAAAAGAAAGCGACGGUAACCUGCAAUGGACUUUCCAUCGCAGACCCGAUGAGCGGCAAUUUCUUGUACGCCUACAGGGAUGAGGUGGCAAUCUGGGGAUCCAUGUGCAAUUUCGAAGAGCAUGCCAAGCAUGUCUAUACCAGGAAUGCAUCUCAGGGAACAUGGACAAUCCAGGCACACAACUGUGAGAAAGAAGUUGAGCAGGAAGAUGAGCUUGAGACGCCCGCUUGUCCCACUUGCAAGAAGCUCGGUGAAAGGACUGGAGUGAUCAGAAAUGUUCUCCGUUUCAUGAUCAAGUACUGGGCAGCUUCUAACCUCAAUUGCAGGCUCUUCCAUGGCCAAGCGGCAUUGGACGAGCUCAUGGCAAAGAUCAAGAGCACGAACAUGUACAAGGGGUACGAGAAAAAAAUUGAGGCUACCUUGAAGUUGUCCACUCACCACAUGCAGCAGUUUGUGAGAGCCAGCUUCUUGUGUGAUCCACACAUGACCAACACCCUGAAGGAUUUUGUGGCCACUGUGGUGAAGCCGUGCCUUCAAAUCAACAUUAGCUCAGUGCCUGACCACCUGGCAGAGAUCAGCAGCAAAUUGAGCUCCAUUUUAGCAGGAGGCGAAGCCAGUGACGAGGACCUGGUGCAGAUCAAACUGGCAGCUGGAUGCAUUUCUGGCAAGCUUUCCGGGCAUCCUCUCAUUCAAGGACUCACUUUACAGCUUCAGAGGAAGUUGGAGAAGGAGGGGAGAGGAAUUCAUUGCAUGAACGGAAGACGUUCUGCAGAGAGUGACCUGGAGCGAUCUCUCAUCAGAGAUGCAGGGCUACAGUUGGCUGUAGCUGCAGGCAACAACGCUUUGGCACGGCGUUUCGGACUUGCCAAGGACAGUCACAGGAUCAGCUUCGAUGUGCUAACAGAGAACUCCCUGCCGAUUCCUGCCUUGGCCAUAUGUUGGCCAGAAGUGCUCCAGCAGAACUUCCUCCUGAUAGAUCAGCGCUAUGUUCGAGCACAGCUGGCUCCCAAACGUCGACUCUUCUUGGCAUUCGAUUGCACGUACCUGACGGCCUCUCUUGCGCAGCUCCAGCUGCAUUCGCAAAGAGGCAUGGUGGGGGGCGUUUGGUGCCCAGAGAACCCUGAGCAGUGUUUCUUGGAGUUGACAGAGGAGUUCGAUGCAUCGUCGGUCAAGAAGGGCACGACCAUGUGCGAAUUUUUACUUUGGGAUCCGAGUGCCAGAAAAAAGGUACCAAUGUCUGUGGCAUCUUUGCCUGUGGAACACAACUUUUCUGGUGCGUUGGGCAGCUUGAAAGGCAAUCUCUACAUGGCGCGACUUGUUGGUCAAGUUCUGAAUGAAUGCGACGAUCUCAUCAAGGGGGUGAUUUGCGAUAGUCAUGGGACGCACCAAUUCACCAAGAAACUUCUUCAUGGACAGCAUGAGUCGCUUCCGAUGAGUGAUAUUCAGACUCUCCCGUUUUGGAACGAGAUCAGCUUCAAAGACUUGCCCAAGCACCCUCUCCCAAGGUUGCCAAUCAAGAUAUGCAUGCACAAGGGCUCUGCCAUUUGGGGAAUUCCUGGUGUGUGCCAUGCCUCGAAGAACUCGGGAGGACAACUUUCAAGCUAUCUUAGAACAUUGUGGUACGGCAGCUACUUCGUGGAUAUGGUGCAGGCAAGAGAGAUGGGCCUGCCUCCAGCGGCGCUGGGAAGGGAGCAGCCGAUGUCAGACCGGCAUCAGGCUUUGCUGAUGAACCCCUUCUUUUUGGACGGGCCAAUGAAUGCGCGGAGGGUUCCUUGGGCAUUGCGAGGUGCCUUAUGCCACAACUUAGUUGUGGCUUUGAACAUUGCCCCACUUUUGACGAAGUCCCUCAAUCUGGAGCAACGUGUGGAAACUGCAGUGAGCGGUUUUGUUUCCAUUGAUCUUUUCGCUGCCCUGGCAACCCUGAAGUGCACGAAAUCGGGGUUGCCUACGGGCAGCUGCUUUAUGGCAGGGCAGACGGCCUUCAACCUUCAGUCGGUUUGCCUGGCUGCCAUUGUGAUCGGAGUCACAAAGUCUCCGGAGAUGAAUCCAUGGAAAUACGGAAGUUGCAGAGUUGCAGAGCUCGCAAUCGAGCAAUUCUUUGGAACCCUUCGCAACCAAAGCUCUACAGCUCAAUUGAGCUGUAGAGCAUACUGGCAGGCUGGCUCCAGAGACGCAUUGAAGGUGGUUCGGGAACUUGAGAAACAGAAGCCUGCAGGACUUGGGGAGCCUCCACUCACAGAUGAGCAGUUUGAAAACUGUUGCGGACGCGGGUAUCGAGCAGCCCUUGCGUUUGCCUCCAAGAUCAGUGGUCAGUCUGCUGAGCAGCUCGAAUCGAGCUACCGUGAAGCAUGUCUCAAGGGACAAGUUGGUUCUGGUGAAGAGGGCCCAGCAGAGGAUGAAAUGGAGUAUGAGGAGGAGGAGCCUGAGGAAGAGUCCAACGAGUGCAUGAAACUUCUCAAGACCCUGCAAGCUGAUAUCAAGAUCUUGGGCGACAUGGAGCAGGCAUCGGAGAAAAGUCAGACAGAAGAGGAUGAGCAUCAGCAGGUGGAUGAUCAUGAGAUGAAGGGUUUGUUUGACAAGGAGGAAUUGAAGGCUGUGCUUUCUCCGGAGUCUGCACCAUCUGAGGGCAUUGAUUCUCAAGGGCUUCCCUCGACACUUUCAGAGGCAUUGGCCCGGCCUGGUGACUUCUUCAACAACCUAUGGCGACUGGCCGUGAAACUGCGCAGUGCUCCAGGAGGAUGUGAUUGUCAGUGGAUUCCAAAUGCCGAGAAUUCUCGACGGGCCGCAAAAAGCCUCAACUGGCACCAGUACAACGAACGCCUGCUGGCUCGCUUGGAAUCAGAACGAGAGACACCCCAGUACAAAAGCAGAACGACAAGGCUGGCUAAGUGGCGCGAGCUGGUGGUCCUGGCAAAUGCUGAACUGGAGCUUCCUCCAGCUGUUCCUGAGAGGAUUGAGACAGGCCAAGUGGUCGUCUUCAUGCUGCCGGCAACCUGUUCCGUUGAGCCGCAGCUUGAGAUUGGCCUGGUGAUGUCAGUAUGGAAAGGAGUUCGGCAGCCCAGAAUCAUCUCUGGAUCCUGCCACAUAAACUCCUGCAUGGCAUUCAGAGCGAUCUCCUUGGAUUUAGUCUCAGAUGACAGCAGUGUGGAUUGGCAGUGCUCAAGCCUGUCGAACGCAUGGGUGGUACGUGUCGAAUCCUUGGUUUGCAUAUUGGACACAGAAGAGUGUACGGAGCCAGAGAGCGGAGAUGGCUUCUUCAAGGUGAAACUUUCUGAGGAGUCAGGCAACGUGCUUGCCAAGCUUGAAGGGAUCAAGCGCUGGCGUGUUCAGCCAACAAUGGUUCGAGGUGCGAAAAAGGCAGGCACUGGGAGCAUGAAGUUUGCUUUCAAACGCUUUGGGGCCAGGCGUAGGAGAAAAGAUGUGGGAAAAAAAGAUGGAAAGAAAAAAGUGUCCAAACACAAUGUCAAAAAACAUGAAAAACAGGAGGACGCAGAGAAAGGGAAAUCCAAGUCCAAGGGGCAUAUUCCAGAGAUCAAAGCGCCUGAUGAGUUAGGACCGCAAGACAUCAGACGUACUCCGGAAGGACGGAAAGCCAUUUGCUCCAUCAUGGAGCACAUUUACGAAAUCGACCUGCAGGAGUUCUCUUCGGCACCAGUCUUUGACAGUGAGGGGAAAUGUAGGAUGAAAUUUCCGAAUGCAGAUAGCUUCAGCUGGCCGGAGUUGUUAAAUGCGUCUGGCCAUGCGGUGGAAGCCAUGUACGCUCAAACUCAACGAGCAGACGCCUACGGCAAGACUGUCUACAGGCACUUGAGCACCAUCAUCCAGAGCAUGACAGGCAAAGGCGAGAGAAGGAGACAAGGUUGGCUGAGAAUCCUGAAAGACAUUGCAGAUUUUGCUCAGAGCCUACGCUUUGAAACCAUUGAUUCUGCUGCUCAGCGGCUGUGUCCGGAGACCUGGCCCCGCACACAGGACGUUUGUCUCUUCUUGGAUGCGGACAACGUGGCCCUGAAGCCUCCACUGGAUCUCCUGCGCUUCUUGCAAGACGCAACGCGAAGUGCACCGCUCGGCGCGGUGUUUUGGCCCGAUCUGUGGCCGAAGCCCAGGAGGAAUUGGCGCGCAGAGGCGGCAGAGGCUGUAGCAACAGCAUCCCAGGAAUCGGGACAGCUCCUGGUGAACAAAUCCAUGGAUCAGGUGCGUAAGGCACUUUUGCUCAGCACACUCUUCGCAGUUCGCUGGGAUUUGUUCCUGGAGGUGAUCUACACCACUGACCAGGGUGACUUGAUGUGCGGUUUCGGGGACAAGGUAGUGCAUGCCAUGACGCAGGACGUGUAUCAAGCAGCUUUUGAAGAACUAGGAGACAAGUUGCAGUUGGACCAUGCAGUUCCACUCCUUCCGUUGUUUCUGGAAGGUCUGCUGCAGCAUCUUGGCGCUCCUGAUACCUGA